AUGGGACGUGAAGUGGAGUUUGACUUCAAUUCUUUCUUCGACGUUGACAUGAGAUCCAGCCAGUCGGCCCUGGGCUCAGACGUUUACCGCGAAUUUCAAACUCAGGAUAUAGUCCUGGAGAAUUUCAGCUGGCUUUGUCAACGAAAUAUUGCCUCUGCUGUUUUCGAGGGUCACCAGGAUAAUUCCCAUCCCGACAGCCUUCUGAAUGACCCGUUCAUUUCGAUGCGCUCCGCUACGCGAGACAUCUUUGGAGCUGAAAUUCAUGCCAUUAAUCCCAUGGGCAGAAGGUUCAACAGAAAUCCUGCACCCGUACUCUAA